GCCAUUGUGAUGCAUUGUCUUGUUGACGCGAAAAAACGUGCCGAUGUUUCGCAGCAAUCUUCGAAACGUUAUAUCGAACAUAUAAUUUUUUUUUACAACCUGCCAAAGUGCCUUCGAAGAAGUGUCUUUCGCAAUUGUCUCAAACGAUUUACUUCGUUUAUCCGAGUAGAUAUGGGUUAGCGAUUUGGUUUUUGUGUCCUCGCAAUUUUCCGGCAGGCACAUUUGGCUAAAGUACUAAAGUUUUCGAUUAAGCUUUCGCUCGGCAGUUCUUCUGACAGAAUCGAAGCAAGCAGACAAUCGGAGAAAUGGCCUCGCAACAACGAGUUCCCGAUUCUCAGCCCAAUACUCAGUCCAAUACUCAGCCCAAUACUCAGCCCAAUACUCAACCCAAUACCCAAAACACGGACAUUUUAACACCAUCGCAAGAUGUACCAAGUCAGCAAGAAACAUUGGUUGUCUGGGGAAGAUUGUGUUCUAUGCGAGUAUUACUGAAAAAUCUUGAAAUGAUAAAAGAUUCUUAUACUGUGGGACGUGAUGAAGGUUGUGAUAUUUGCUUGACCACAAAUGAAAUGAAAGAAAAACACCUGAAGACGAUCAGUAAGGUGCAGUUUCGCAUAUACAGAGAACGUGUUAAGGACACGAAUGAGACGCUGAUAUAUCUUGAGGAUAACAGCUGUAAUGGAACUUUUGUUGACAAAGUUAAAGUUGGUCGUGGAAAUCGUGUUAUCCUUGAAAAUAAUUCUGAAAUAGCUGUAGUCAAGAGUCACCUAUUCAUUUAUGUGUUUGUAAACACAUUGAUGACUGAGAUAAACGAUUUGCCAUCAGAACUGAAAACAAAGUAUGCACUUGGUCGCAAACUAGGAUCUGGUUCCUGUGGCGAAGUAAGAAUGGUAUUUACAAAGGAUGGUUCUCAAAGAUUUGCUAUGAAAACAAUAAAAAAGAAUAUUUUUGGUGCUAGUGGAGAUUUAUUCAAUCGUCAAAUGAAAAAUGAGGUUGAAAUAUUGAAAAAGUUAAAGCAUUCUUGCAUCAUCAAGAUGGAGGAUAUCCAUGACACACCAACAGCGAUGUACAUCGUUCUUGAACUGAUGGAAGGUGGUGAGCUUUUUGACAGAAUAAAGAACAAAGGUAAACUGACUGAACCGUGCGCAAAACUGAUAUUCUACCAAGUUGUACUCGCCGUUUAUUAUCUUCAUAAACAUGGCAUUACACACCGAGACUUGAAGCCAGAGAAUAUACUAUUAAAGAACCAUUCUGACAAGACUCUGGUCAAAGUGUCGGAUUUUGGUUUGUCAAAAUUAGUAGAUGCCAGAUCUAUGACCAUGAAAACGUUUUGUGGAACUCCUAUGUAUGUUGCUCCCGAGAUUCUGUCAACCCUUGGACGUAGUCCUUACACGAAUCAAGUCGACGUUUGGAGCUUGGGCGUGAUAUUAUACAUCUGUUUAAGUGGCGUGCUUCCUUUCAAUAAUCGAAGGAAGGAUUGCAGUUUAGAGGAACAAAUAAGACGUGGAUUAUACGCAUUGCCUCCGCAAUACUUCGGACAUUUAUCAUCGCACGCUAUAGAUCUGAUCAAACGUAUGAUGACGAUAAAUCCGGUGACACGGAUAACAGUUCCGCAAAUUUUGUUGCAUCCCUGGUUGAGAGACCAGUGUAUGCGAGAAGAAGCGUUUCAAUUGAUGGGAACAAAUGCUAAUAAUGAGCAAAUAAACGACGAGAACGUACCGCCUUCGAAUAAUUUUGAAAAUUGUCGUGAAAACAAUUUACAUCCACAAUUGAAACGCACACGGUAUGACAUGUGAACGCCGUUGACAAGAAGUAUACGAAAAAAAAAAAAACAUUUCAAAUAGGUCAGAGUGAGUAAAGAUUAGUACAAAGAGAGUACCUAACACUUUUUCAACGGAAUCUGGUGUUUCGUUGAUUGUGAUUGUCAUUGUUACCUAUACAGAAAAAGAUUACGUUUACAUAGAAUUUAGAAGCAGAACUACAGUUUAAGAACGUUAACUAGAACAGAAUGAAGUAGAAUUAGAACGUUAAUUUAGAACAGAAUGUUCAAAUAAUUUAGAAUGGACCUAAAAUAGUAGACCUAAAUAGUUUGUUAAGUUUAUAAAAUCGGUUGGAUUACCGUAAAAAUCUCACAGGGAUACAAUAUAAGUUAGAUAGCAAAUAGAGUAUUUUGUUUAUUAUAACAAUGAUUAACUUACAUAAAACAGAUUUUUUGACCAAUAAAACUUAGAUAAAUUAUAUAAACAUUCCGCGUAUACACUAUAACUUUUACUUUUUGACGCUUCUCUCAAUUUGAUGAGUAAAGUACAAUUUGUGAUUUAACUUGUGACAAGAGAUAAUCUUUUACAUAUUAAGAUAACAUAUAUCGCAAUUGUAAACACUGUGAUGAGUAUUAAGACGCGAUUUAUCUAUAAUUUUUUGUUAACAUAUUUAAGAUCUUUAACGAAACACCAAUAAAACAAGACUGAGACAUUCCGUGUCAAGCAAUUGAAAAAUGUAGGUUUAAUUUAUUUCGAACUACAAUUAGCACUAUAUAGGAGCUUUCAUAUAAUAAGAACAUCGUUUUAUUACUCAAUUAUAAAUGCGAGGCUCUUAUCCAAAGCGAUGGGCAGUACUAUACAUUAAAAGAGAAGGCAAGACAUUCUCGGUUUUUCUACUUCUUUUCGGGCGGAUGCUCUUCGCUGCGGCAAGGAUUUGGAACAGCCGUCUCGAUAUCUGGUUUCUCUUUCGUCGCAAGACCGGCCAGUAAACGUUUUAGCUGCGCUAUCGCUUUGCCCGGAUUUAGACCCUAUUGAAGGCACGACAACAAAGACUGAUGUACAAUAUUAAUCUACGUUUAGAUACUUUCUCUUGACGAAACUAGGAGCUUUUCUUUUAGAAGGGUAAUAGCGAGUUCUGUUUACGCUCUCACCUUUGGGCACGUCUUGGUGCAAUUGAAGAUCGUUUGACAUCGAUAAACCGAAUAAAAGUCCCGUAGCUUCGCUAGUCUUUCUUUAUGUGCCAUAUCUCGCGAGUCUAUCACCCACCUGUAUGCCUAACAAUGUAAGCGAGUAGAUGCACGCACUGAUAUCUUUGUUUUGCCGCAGAAAAAUUUGCUAAAUUGUUCCGUUACCUGCAGCAGAACCGCGGGUCCCAGAUACUUGUCGCCGAGCCACCAGUAGGGCGGACAGGAAUACGUGCAACAGGCGCACAUUAUGCACUCGUACAAGCCGUCGAGCUUGCUCCUGUCCCGCGGACUUUGCAAAAUUUGUCGCAAACCCAGGAAGCCGUCCUCACCCGGGCGUUUUAAGUACGGAUCGAUCUUGCGAAAUUGCUCCAAGAACUGCUCCAUGUCCGGCACCAGGUCGCGAAUCACGUACGCGUGCGGCAGAGGAUAGAUCACCACUGGAUCCUCCACAGAUUCCUUUACCUUUCUGCAGGUUCGCGCAGUUUUAGUUAAGCGCUACUUGUAAGAGCUCCGCCGUAGAAGCAAGUUCUACCUUCGCGGACUAUGAAUACUCACUUUGUAAACGUAAAUAUAACAUGUAAAAUUAA